AUGAAGGUUACACAACAAAUUUUUGCAUUUUUGAGCACUGUCUCUUUGAUCUCAGCUCAAUUGCCCUCUUGCGCUCAAAGCUGUCUAUCUAGUUUGCCGUCACAGUGCGGUCAGACUGAUAUUAACUGCAUCUGCGCUGACAGCUCGUUCUCGCAAAACAUAGGUUGUUGUUCGUUUUCAAAAUGCGAUACGGCUGAUUUUGAUUCGGUUAUCUCGUUUGCGGUGAAUUUGUGCUCGGGGGCGGGGAUCUCCAUCGCCAGUACACUGCCAUCUUGUCCCUCAUCUACUAGUGGGGCUCCCUCUGCUCCGAGUGCCAUUCCCACCACAGGUGCCAGAACAACGAGCGCAAGUCCAACUACCACUCCUUCGGUUGCCAAUUCAACUGAUGCCACUACCUCACUGUCCGCCGGGGCAGAGAAUCAGCAACUUCAAUCUAGACUUCGGGCUGGUGGAGCCAUUUUUGCCAUUCUGGUGUUGAAUUUCCUUUGA